AUUCCAAUCGAAAUAGAUGACCCACGUGCCAAAAUUUUCGCAAUAACACACGCUUGUUCAAAAUUUGAUUGUAAACAAACUAUCCAUUUCAGGAACAAUGUCAAGAAUAUUUAUUGAAAAUCUUCCCAAAAAUAUUACCCAAGAGGUAUUGAAACAAAAAUUUGCUGAAAAAGGUGAAAUAACCGAUAUUCAACUAAGACAAGAUAAAAGAAAUGCAUUUAUUGGUUAUAAACAACCAGAACAAGCACAGAAUGCAGUGGAUUAUUUCAACAAAACAUUUAUUCAUACAUCGAAAAUAACUGUUAAGAUUUGUGACAGUUUUCGUUUAAAUAAAAAAGCAGAAAAAUCUCAAACAAUUCAAGAUGAAAAAACUGAUGAUGAUUCGAAGAAAAAGAAACGACAAAAAAUCGAUCCAUUUGAAGAGGUUCGAAAUGAUCCAGAAUUUGAGGAUUUUCUUCGUCUACAGCGAAAUAUCGAUGUGGAUAACAAAUGUAAGGAAAUUUGGAAAGAUGAUGUUAUUGCCAAUGUUCUCGAUGAUCAAGAUGAAGAAAAUGAUGAUGAAUGUGACAAUAUUGAUGAUGAUGAUGAUAAUCAAAAUAAAGAUGUUGAAAAACGUUUAAAAAAGACAUUUGAUUUUACUGUUAAAAUUCGUGGUCUCCCUUACAAGAUUAAAAAAUCUCAAUUAAAAGAAUUUCUUAAACCAAUCAAACCUAUGAGUAUGAGAUUUGUACCGCAUGUAAAAGGAAUAGCAUAUGUAUCAUUCAAAAAUGCUUCUGAUCUACAACAGGCAAUGAUCAAACAUCGUGGUUUUAUUGAUGGUCAUCGGAUUGAGAUUACUAAUAUGGAAGGACAAAAACAAAAAACCGAAGUUGCAAUAGGAAAUGGUAAAAAAAUCGAACAAAACAAAUCAAAUAAUGAUGAUGGUGAUAAUGAUGAACAACAGAAAAAAGAACAACCCGAACCGAUUAGUGAAUCUGGUAGGAUUUUUAUUCGAAACCUAUCCUAUACUUGUACAGAAGAUGAUCUGCGAGAAUUAUUUGAAAAAUUCGGUACGAUUACUGAACUUCAUAUGCCUAUCGAUUCGUAUACGAAAAAACCGAAAGGUUUUGCUUUUGUUACAUACAUGUUUCCUGAGCAUGCUAUAAUUGCGUUCAAUCAAUUGGAUAAAACAGAUUUUCAAGGUCGUCUUAUACAUUUAUUACCGGCUCAUAUGAAAAGUGAAUCCACUUACAAUGGUCCUCCACCACCUUCAGAUGAUGAAAUGGAUGAUGAUCAACAACAGAAAAAAUCUUCAACAUUUAAACAAAAUAAAAAUGAAGAAAAUCGUCAAGAUGCUCAAAAUACUACACGUUGGAAUACAUUAUUUGUACGUUCGAAUGCUGUAGCUGAUAUAAUGAGUAAAAAUUUAAAUAUGAACAAAUUAGAUUUGCUUACACAAUCGGAUCGAAAAUCUGGUAAUGCAGCUGUACGGAUGGCAUUAGGCGAAGCACAGAUUGUAAACGAAAUUAAACAAUUUUUAAUAAAAAAUCAAGUUCAUCUGGAAUCAUUUGAACGUGGUAUUGAUUGUCCUCGUAGUCGUACAACAAUUCUGGUCAAAAAUCUUCCUGCCGAUACACAGGAAAAAGAGAUUCAAACAUUAUUUGAAAAAUACGGUUUAAUCAAUCGAGUUAUAUUGCCACCAUAUGGAUUAACAGCAAUCGUCGAAAUGCAAGAACCAAAUGAAGCAAAAUUUGCAUUCAAAAAAUUAGCUUACAGUAAUUUUAAACAUUAUCCAUUAUUUUUAGAAUGGGCACCUGAAGAUGUAUUCGCAGGUACAUUGACUGAAUCAUCCGAUAAAUCAAAUGUUGAAGAAAAACCUGAAGAGAUACCCAUUGAAGAUGGUUCAACAAUAUUUGUUAAAAAUCUUAAUUUCGAUACAACUGAAGAAGAUUUUCGCCAAUAUUUUGAAGAUAAAAUUGGUCCUGUUCAUUCGGCGACGAUUGCAACGAAAAAAACGCCCAAAGGAAUUUUAUCUAUGGGAUAUGGUUUCAUUCAAUUUUAUCAAUCUAAAAUGGCCAAAGAAGCGAUUAAAAAGUUACAGAAUUCAAAAUUAGAUGGUCAUCAAAUAGAAAUUAAAUUAUCCAAUCGAACGACAUCAUCAACAAAUAAAACCGAAAUCGUUAACAGAAAAAACCUUACGGGUAAAAAUCGUUCCGGUCAAAAACAGACCGGAUCGAAAAUAUGUGUCAAAAACAUUCCGUUCGAAGCUACCGUUGAAGAUGUUCGAAAAAUUUUCAGUACAUUUGGUCAGAUUAAAUCGAUACGAAUACCGAAAAAAUUGGCCGGUACAUCACAAUAUCGUGGUUUUGGUUUUGUUGAUUUUACUACAAAAGAAGAUGCAAAACGUGCAUUUGAUGCUCUUUCAUCAAGUACACAUCUUUACGGUCGACCAUUAGUAUUGGAAUGGGCUAAAAAUGAUUCAGUAAUGAAUAACGACAAUAACGAUAAUAUUGAUGAUAAUGAUGACGAUAAUCAUCGUGACGAAGGUAGACAAAUAGGUGCCAAAAUGGUUAGAUAUUUUCGACAAAAUUUAGAUGAUUCAAAAAAAUCCACAUCAUUAACAACAACGACGACAACAGCAACUAAACGUUUACGACGAAAUGAUUUAUUAGACGAUUUAAAGCGUCAUCCAAAUAAUAUUGAUUCGAAUGAACAAGAUAACGAUAACGAUGAUUUUUUUUCAGGAAAAAAAUGACAACUGUUUUUUAAUGAUUAAAUGCUACCACUAUUGCCGAAAUCAUUGUAUACAACAAAAAAAAAAGAUGCGGGAUUUUGA